AUGGACAUCAAUUCAUGCCGUUAUGAAAUCGUCUGUCAGCUGGGUGAUGGAGGCUUUGGAACCGUUUAUGCAGCGACUCGUGUGGACGACGGCCUACAGGUGGCGAUAAAAGUCGUCUCCAGCAGGAACAGAAAGUUCAUCAGUAUUGACGGUUGUUCCAAGCCUCUUCCUCUGGAGGUUGCUUUGCAAAUCCUUGCAGACGGAGACCCCAGGGUCGAGGAAAUCAUCCAGCUUCUGGACUGGCGGGUGGAGUCUGACCACUACAUUUUGGUGCUAGAGCGUCCCGUUCCCUUUGAGGAACUGAACUGGUUUCUCCUGCAGCAAAUGGGUACCAUUCAAGAGGACAUGGCACGAGUUAUAAUGCGCCAGGCAACAUUCGCAGCUCAAACAUGCUGCAGACGUGGAGUGUUUCAUCAGGACAUAAAGCUGGAAAAACUUCUGAUCAACCCGGACACACUCAAAGUCAAGUUAACUGACUUUGGGUGUGGUGACUUCCUCAGCUGUGUGGGUUACACGUCCUUUGUUGGCACAAGAGAGUACUGCCCUCCUGAGUAUCACAUGACCGGCCAGUACCACGGGGAACCAGCGACAGUGUGGUCACUCGGGAUCCUCUUGUUUCUUAUGCUGUGUGGGGAUUUUCCAAAUACACCAGACCUGCACAUGAUCGACGGUCACAACUGGACCAAAGAUGGCUUGUCGGAAGAAUGCAGCGAUUUUAUUUGCUGCUGUCUGCAAAUCAAUCCAAAAGAGCGGAUUGAACUGGAGAAACUUAGUCUCCACGACUGGUUUAUGGAUUGCUGAAAUGAGGGGAGCAAAAGAAAAUAGUAAUUCUGUCAAUUAUCGCCAGGAUCAACUGGAAGUUCCUUGUGAAGAACAGAGGACACGUUGUGUACGAAUGUGCAAUUAGAAGAAAAUUUUAAUAUGAAAGCUCAGAAUAUGUUUUUCAGCCAUUUUGACAGCCCUACAACUUCCCCUUUAUUUGCAUCUGGAGGUGAGCUGAACGCCCAAUGUGCAAAGACUCCUAAAGAACCGGACAGCAGAUCUCCCUGUCCUCCGCAAGGCCGCCCAAUGCUCUUCUGGUUACAGGUCAGCACUGAGAGCAAACAGAAAAGCAGCACGUUAGAGAAAAAAAAAACAGAACCAUAUGAAGUUUGAAUGUUUUAAGAAAAUCACUAACUGUUCUUUCCGUCAGUAAUAAUGUCCUCCUCCCCUUUUAAAACCAAGGUAAGAUGGCCCAAGGCGAUGCUCAGUUUCUGAACACUUCUCUUGUAUUCAGAUAAAAAGCUGAGGAAGAGUGUGUACAUAAAGAAGAAGAAAAGGCUCGUAGGGAGCUGAUCAAACAAUGAACAAUAAGACCCAGGUUUCAUCCUCUAAUGCACCAUGAACUAAUGACAAAUGUCCAAGUGUCCGAUGUAUAAAACAGGUAUAUGCCACUACACUAUAUACUUGGUUUAGAUGUUGUUGAGCAUCACUAGACAGUUACACCAUGAUUUAAUUAUCAUAUUGCUAAUGCAUAUAGGACAACAGCAUGAAAACAGUUGUUGUAGGUACAUUUUAAAAAUUUGCUAGGUUAGUCUGAGAGGUUGCUAAAUAUUGGAAAAAAAUUGCUAACACCAACAGAGAGUCCUUCUGGAGUUACACGUUCCCUUAUAUGGAUAGGAAAGAAAUGUAACUGUUAAUUAUAAAGUGUGAGUAAAAGGGAAACUUAGCUGUCUUGCUGAAUUGUUUCAGUUUCUCAUCCAUAAUAGCAUCAGUGCAGUGUGUAAAAGUGGAAAUUCAUUACAUCUGUUUGAGAGAUGUAAUGAAUUAUUAAUGAAAUAUUAGGCCUCCUAAUAUUCUAUUGGUCCACUAGACUCCCGCUUUCCUAUUGGCUCACCAGCUGUCGUGCUUCUAUUGGCAACUGAGCUGCUUGUACACAAGCAGAGCUGAGGAAGUCAUAAGUGGGUGGAGCUUAAUGUUUGAUUGACAGAGCUAAUGAAUGUGUUUUAUGAUUACAUCAUUGUUCAGUGUUGUUGUUUUUUAAGCAGGAAUCUGCAUAUGACACUUAUUUUUUUUUAUUUUUUUUACUAUAGUAUUAAUUUACACUGGGAACAAAAGACGACACUCCCACUACUAUGAAUUAUGGUUGCUAACGAUAAACGGACACAUGCCAAUAUGUCUACUAGCACGUCCGUUUUUUUGCAUUUCUCAUACCUCUUCAUAUGCUGCUUUUCAUACAUGAAACUUACUUAAGCAGUGCGAUGCAAUGAACAUGUGACAAGGGAUCUGUGUAUGUGUGUGUGUGGAUCUGUGUAUGUGUGUGUGUGUGUGUGUAGGUGUUGACCUCUUCGUGGUUUUAAAAUAUUUUAUCAUGAAAUGCUUCCAUGUUAUCCAUCUUUUCUUUUCUCCAUGUAUUCACACUGGCUGCUGACAAUAUUAAUGUACUUGUCUUUAGUAUGCACUCCAGAGACUCCUGUGAGCAGGGCUUUCUGUUGUAUAUGUUUGGAUUGUACAAAACUUUUCUUUAUUAGCCUAUUAUUAUUAUUAUUAUUAUUAUUUACCAUAUAUUUAUUUUAAAGAAGAACACUGAAAUUUAAUAAAAUAUACAACCAAAA